AUGCGCCUUCACCAAGCAGCUCACCUUGCCGUACGCCCCUUCACCAGCAGCUCACCUUGCCGUACGCCCCUUCACCCAGCAGCUCACCUUGCCGUACGCCCCUUCACCAGCAGCUCACCUUGCCGUACGCCCCUUCACCCAGCAGAUCACCUUGCCGUACGCCCUUCACCCAGCAGCUCACCUUGCCGUACGCCCCUUCACCAGCAGCUCACCUUGCCGUACGCCCCUUCACCAGCAGCUCACCUUGCCGUACGCCCCUUCACCCAGCAGCUCACCUUGCCGUACGCCCCUUCACCCAGCAGCUCACCUUGCCGUAACCGCCUUCGCCCAGCAGCUCACCUUGCCGUACGCGCCUUCACCCAGCAGCUCACCUUGCCGUACGCCCCUUCACCCAGCAGCUCACCUUGCCGUACGCCCCUUCACCCAGCAGCUCACCUUGCCGUAACCGCCUUCGCCCAGCAGCUCACCUUGCCGUACGCCCCUUCACCCAGCAGCUCACCUUGCCGUACGCCCCUUCACCCAGCAGCUCACCUUGCCAUACGCGCCUUCACCCAGCAGCUCACCUUGCCGUACGCCCCUUCACCCAGCAGCUCACCUUGCCGUACGCGCCUUCACCCAGCAGCUCACCUUGCCGUACGCGCCUUCACCCAGCAGCUCACGUUGCCGUACGCGCCUUCACCCAGCAGCUCACCUUGCCGUACGCGCCUUCACCUAGCAGCUCACCUUGCCGUACGCGCCUUCACCCAGCAGCUCACCUUGCCGUACGCGCCUUCACCCAGCAGCUCACCUUGCCGUACGCGCCUUCACCCAGCAGCUCACCUUGCCGUACGCGCCUUCACCCAGCAGCUCACCUUGCCGUACGCCCCUUCACCCAGCAGCUCACCUUGCCGUACGCGCCUUCACCCAGCAGCUCACCUUGCCGUACGCGCCUUCACCCAGCAGCUCACCUUGCCGUACGCGCCUUCACCUAGCAGCUCACCUUGCCGUACGCGCCUUCACCCAGCAGCUCACCUUGCCGUACGCGCCUUCACCCAGCAGCUCACCUUGCCGUACGCGCCUUCACCCAGCAGCUCACCUUGCCGUACGCGCCUUCACCCAGCAGCUCACCUUGCCGUACGCCCCUUCACCCAGCAGCUCACCUUGCCGUACGCGCCUUCACCCAGCAGCUCACCUUGCCGUACGCGCCUUCACCCAGCAGCUCACCUUGCCGUACGCGCCUUCACCCAGCAGCUCACCUUGCCGUACGCGCCUUUACCCAGCAGGUCACCUUGCCGUACGCGCCUUCACCCAGCAGCUCACCUUGCCGUACGCGCCUUCACCCAGCAGCUCACCUUGCCGUACGCGCCUUCACCCAGCAGCUCACGUUGCCCAGCUCACCUUGCCGUACGCGCCUUCACCCAGCAGCUCACCUUGCCGUACGCGCCUUCACCCAGCAGCUCACCUUGCCGUACGCGCCUUCACCCAGCAGCUCACCUUGCCGUACGCCCCUUCACCCAGCAGCUCACCUUGCCGUACGCGCCUUCACCCAGCAGCUCACGUUGCCGUACGCGCCUUCACCCAGCAGCUCACCUUGCCGUACGCCCCUUCACCCAGCAGCUCACCUUGCUGUACGCGCCUUCACCCAGCAGCUCACCUUGCCGUAUGCGCCUUCACCCAGCAGCUCACCUUGCCGUACGCCCCUUCACCAGCAGCUCACCUUGCCGUACGCCCCUUCACCCAGCAGCUCACCUUGCCGUACGCCCCUUCACCCAGCAGCUCACCUUGCCGUACGCCCCUUCACCAGCAGCUCACCUUGCCGUACGCCCCUUCACCCAGCAGCUCACCUUGCUGUACGCCCCUUCACCAGCAGCUCACCUUGCCGUACGCCCCUUCGCCCAGCAGCUCACCUUGCCGUACGCCCCUUCACCCAGCAGCUCACCUUGCCGUACGCCCCUUCACCCAGCAGCUCACCUUGCCGUACGCCCCUUCACCCAGCAGCUCACCUUGCCGUACGCGCCUUCACCCAGCAGCUCACCUUGCCGUACGCGCCUUCACCCAGCAGCUCACCUUGCCGUACGCGCCUUCACCUAG